UAGCUAGUAGCUAGGUAGCUUAUCUGUAAACACCACAGUGACAUGCAGCGGGUUAACUGCUAACUAGUAGCUAGCUAGCUUAUCUGUAAACACCACAGUGACAUGCAGCGGGUUAACUGCUAACUAGUAGCUAGGUAGCUUAUCUGUAAACACCACAGUGACAUGCAGCGGGUUAACUGCUAACUAGUAGCUAGCUAGCUUAUCUGUAAACACCACAGUGACAGGCAGCGGGGUAGUAGCUAGGUAGCUUAUCUGUAAACACCACAGUGACAGGCAGCGGGGUAACAGCUAGCUAGUAGCUAGGUAGCUUAUCUGUAAACACCACAGUGACAUGCAGCGGGUUAACUGCUAACUAGUAGCUAGCUAGCUUAUCUGUAAACACCACAGUGACAGGCAGCGGGGUAGUAGCUAGGUAGCUUAUCUGUAAACACCACAGUGACAGGCAGCGGGCUAGUAACUAACUAGUAGCUAGGUAGCUUAUCUGUAAACACCACAGUGACAGGCAGUGAGCUAUUAUCUAGCUAGCUUCCCUCUGUAAACACCAUAGUGACAGGCAGUAGGGUAACAGCUAGCUAGCUUCCCUCUGUAAACACCAGACCUGGGCUCAUAGACUAUUUGAAAUCAAAUAAUUUUAAAUACUUUAUCUGUGCUUGUUUGAGCUUGCCUGGGUUAGUGGCCCUAUUGAAUACUAGCUAAAGUACAACCCCAUCUCUGUCUCUGGGGUCUGAAAGUGGCCCAGUUUGUACAUAUCUUAGAGCUAUGAGGUGAAACCCAGGUCUGAAUAAAACAAAUAGGACCUGAACCCAGGUCUGAAUAAAACUAACAGGACCUGAACCCAGGUCUGAAUAAAACUAAUAGGACCUGAACCCAGGUCUGAAUAAAACUAACAGGACCUGAACUCCUGGUUGUUUGGAUAGCUGCGGUAGCGCCGGGCUUAAAGCUAAACACGAAGCGACCAGGGGGUCAAAACGACGGCUGGCGUGCAACCCCUCUGUUUGGUUCUGUCUGACUCUUGGGUGACCCAACCGUGGGUGUGUGUUUCUGAGAGUGUGGGGUGUGUGUGUGUGUGUGUGUGUGUGUGUGUGUGUGUGUGUAUGGUAGGUGACCUGUGUUUUCCUGGGCAAGGUCAUAGAGACAGGCAGGAGGUCCUGGCAUACUACCUCUCAUUCUGCACACAGAGCAGGCUUCCCUUUAAACUGAGCAUGUCAGCCGCUGACACAGACAUCUACUAACACUAAGUAUGUACACUCUUAAACAUACAGGACAGUGCAUACUGUACACACAGACAUACUGCCUGCCGACCAACACAGACAUACACACACACACUCCAACCGAUUAGGACCCGCGACAAAAGCUACAAUGACAGAAGGCUGUUCUGUACUAGACUAUACCCCCUUCUGGCAGGAGGCUGUUCUGUACUAGACUAUACCCCCUUCUGACAGAAGGCUGUUCUGUACUAGACUAUACCCCCUUCUGACAGAAGGCUGUUCUGUACUAGACUAUACCCCCUUCUGGCAGGAGGCUGUUCUGUACUAGACUAUACCCCCUUCUGACAGAAGGCUGUUCUGUACUAGACUAUACCCCCUUCUGGGAAAAGUUAGAGCAUGACCUAAAUACAGCAGGAGAUCAGAAAAGCCUGAAUAUUCUGAUGUUAUGUGAUCUGUCUCUAAGAGCAUAGUACUGGGUUUCCAGGAAUCAAACUGCUCUGUGUUUGUCUCUAGGAUUUAGGUUAGAUUUAGAAUGUGCAGAGAGAGGGUAAAGACAGAGAGAGGGUAAAGACAGAGAGAGGGUAAAGACAGAGAGAGGAUAAAGACAGAGAGGGGGUAAAGACAGAGAGAGGGUAAAGACAGAGAGAGGGUAAAGACAGAGAGGGUAAAGACAGAGAGAGAGGGUAAAGACAGAGAGAGGGUAAAGACAGAGAGAGGGUAAAGACAGAGAGAGGGUAAAGACAGAGAGAGGGUAAAGACAGAGAGAGGGUAAAGACAGAGAGAGGGUAAAGACAGAGAGAGAGGGUAAAGACAGAGAGAGAGGGUAAAGACAGAGAGAGGGUAAAGCCAGAGAGAGAGGGUAAAGACAGAGAGAGGGUAAAGACAGAGAGGGUAAAGACAGAGAGAGGAUAAAGACAGAGAGAGGGUAAAGACAGAGAGGGUAAAGACAGAGAGAGGGUAAAGACAGAGAGGGUAAAGACAGAGAGAGGGUAACCUAGCUGGUACAAGGUCAGGUAAAGACAGCAUGAAGUGAGCGCUACUGGAGCGGUACUGGAGCGAAAUUGGAGCGGGCGAGAACGCUGACGCUCCAGCCUUCGGGGAAACUCGCUCCGCGCUCCAGUCAAACAGGGCACGCUCCGCUCCUCACGCCACUCCACUCACAUAAUGUGGUUCCAGUCAGCUGUAUGGCAAUAGAUACACAUGUGCCCCCCUAUAUCGAUGUACUAAUGGAUCCUUCCUAACGUGGAGCUGUGUGUUUCCUCAUCUCAGGUGUACGGCGCAGCCAUCCAGUUCUACGAGCUCUACUCCCAGGACUGUCUGACCGACCAGCAGCGCUCUCAGCUGGGUCUGAAGGGGCUGGACCACGGGCCCUCUUCCCCAGCCUCAUCCCCAGCCCUGGGGCCCAGGGCUGUACACACCAACAAGUGUAUCUGUCUGCUGUCUCACUGGCCCUUCUUUGACGCCUUCCGCAAGUUCCUCACCUUCCUCUAUCGGUACUCCAUCUCUGGACCUCACGCCCUGCCCAUCGAGAAGUGAGCACCGUGUGAAUGAUAUAGUUCACAGCAGACGUUUUUUUGUGGUAUCAACUGCGGCACUUGAACCCAUGGCCUUGGCGUUGCUAGCGCCAUGCUGAGCCACUGUCCUUUUAUAACUAGAGAGCGUUGUCAGUUACCCUGCAUGGCACUGACUGUGUUAUCUGACAGCUCUGUAUAGGACAGGCACCAUACCCAGGCACUUUGUACAUAGAUGUACUGUAGACACACAAUUCCAAAGGGUGUCCAGUCCACUAAAUAAACACCAGAGACUAUCUUUAGAUCAAGUGUUUACUGACAGUUCAACAGGCCAUUGUUUUGGUCAGGUGGCAGGGUAGUGGCAGGACUCUAUAUAAAUCUACCCCGUCCCAGACGGCGUGAUGACAGAUUAUGCUCCCCUCCUCCUCAGGGUUAUUUCUGGCCUCAUGUCCCGUAACUCCUUCUUCUUCUUCUUCUUCUUCUUCUUCUCCUUCCUUCCUUCCUUCCUUCCUUCCUGUCAGGCACAUCUCCCACUUCAUGCACAAGGUGCCCUUCCCCUCCUCCCAGAGGCCCAGGAUCCUGGUGCAGGUGAGUUUAGGCGUCCAUGGUGCUGUUUGUGGUUUCUGUCAGUAUGUGUCUCUGUUCACUACAAGACCAUGUCUGACUCUCUCUUGAUCAUAAUCAUCAUUCUUUCAAUAGUGUUUUUCUCAAAGUUAUUUACAUUGUAUCUCUGGUAACAGAGACAGUACUGGUAUAUGGGAGUCUUUGAUAACAGCCACCUGCGGCAUGAAGCACGGCAGCCAUUUUGUGCCAGACCUGUCCCCACCACACUAUACCUGUGGUAAUGUGUUGACAUUCCCCAGCUCUCACCUCACGACAGCCUGAUGUUGAGCCAGCCUGUGUCCUCCCCUCUACCACUCAGGUAAGACAGGUAUCAUAUGCACUGAGUGUACAAAACAUUAAGAACACCUUCCCAAUAUUGACUUGCGACCCCCCCCCCCCCCCCAUUUUGCCCUCAAUUUGUCGGGGCAUGGACUCUACAAUCCAAUGCUUCCCACAGUUGUGUCAAGUUGGCUGCAUGUCCUUUGGGUGGUGGACCAUUCUUGAUACACACGGGAAAUUGUUGAGCGUAAAAACUCCAGCAGUGUUGCAGUUCUUGACACAAACCGGUGCGCCUGGCACCUACUACCAUACCCCGUUCAAAGGCACUUAAAUCUUUUUUCUUGCCCAUUCACCCUCUGAAUGGCUUUACAUACACAAUCCAUGUCUCAGUUGUCUUUAACCUGUCUCCUCCCCUUUCAUCUACACCGAUUUGAAGUGGAUUUAACAAGUGUAUAUCAUGAUGAGAACAGUAGUGGUCCGAGAACAGUACCUUGAGGAACUCCAAAACAUACCUUUUACAUUGGUUUGAAGAAUUGGACGAAGGUUUGGUGACUGCUGGUGAAGUGUAUGGUAUAAGUUGUGGUAUGGUUAUUUUAUGGCAUGUGUUGUGGUAUGGUUAAUUUAUGGUAUUAGUUAUGGUAUGGUUAAUUUAUGGUAUUAGUUAUGGUAUGGUUAAUUUAUGGUAUUAGUUAUGGUAUUAUUAUUUUAUGGCAUGUGUUGUGGUAUGGUUAAUUUAUGGUAUUAGUUAUGGCAUGGUUAUUUUAUGGCUUGUGUUGUGGUAUGGUUAAUUUAUGGUAUUAGUUAUGGUAUGGUUAAUUUAUGGUAUUAGUUAUGGUAUUAUUAUUUUAUGGCAUGUGUUGUGGUAUGGUUAAUUUAUGGGAUUAGUUAUGGUAUGGUUAAUUUAUGGUAUUAGUUAUGGUAUGGUUAAUUUAUGGUAUUAGUUAUGGUAUGGUUAAUUUAUGGUAUGGUUAAUUUAUGGUAUUAGUUAUGGUACGGUUAAUUUAUGGUAUUAGUUAUGGUAUGGUUAAUUUAUGGUAUUAGUUAUGGUACGGUUAAUUUAUGGUAUUAGUUAUGGUAUGGUUAAUUUAUGGUAUUAGUUAUGGUACGGUUAAUUUAUGGUAUUAGUUAUGGUAUGGUUAAUUUAUGGUAUUAGUUAUGGUACGGUUAAUUUAUGGUAUUAGUUAUGGUAUGGUUAAUUUAUGGUAUGUGUUAUGAUAGCGAUGUAGUGUGUUUAUCUUUUCUAUGGGUGUGUUCCAGUGGUGGUCGUUUCUCCACGCUGCUGCAGAACCUCGGUCCGGAGAAUGCUAUAACGCUCCUGGUGUUUGCUGUGACAGAACAUAAGAUCCUGGUCCACUCUCUACGCCCCGCUGUUCUGACCAGUGUCACUGAGGCUCUGGUGGCUGUGAGUACCUCAGAUAUCAGCUGUUUAACACUUCUACUAUAGUACCUCAGAUAUCAGCUGUUUAACACUUCCACUAGAGUACCUCAGAUAUCAGCUGUUUAACACUUCUACUAUAGUACCUCAGAUAUCAGCUGUUUAACACUUUCACUAUAGGACUUUUAGUAGUAGCUUGCGGUUUUAGUAAGUAGCUUAAAUAAUUAGCUAUGGCAGUUUGAUAGUAGAGCUUAAAUAAUUAGCUAUGGCAGUUUGAUAGUAGAGCUUAAAUAUUUAGCUAUGGCAGUUUGAUAGUAGAGCUUAAAUAAUUAGCAAUGGCAGUUUGAUAGUAGAGCUUAAAUAAUUAGCAAUGGCAGUUUGAUAGUAAAACUUAAAUUUAGCUAUGGCAGUUUUGAUAGUAUUUUUAGUAGUAGCUAAGGUAUUGCAGUGUUGGUAAUAUCUCUGUUUUGACAGUAGUUUUAAAGGUUCAGUUUCCUGAUUUGACCUCCCUCCCUCCCUCCCUCCAUCUCUCUCCCUCCGCCUUCCUCCCCCUCGCUCUCAUCCUCAGAUGAUCUUCCCGUUCCACUGGCAGUGUCCGUACAUCCCUCUGUGCCCGCUGGCCCUGGCAGGUGUCCUCUCCGCCCCCUGCCCCUUCAUCGUGGGCGUCGACUCACGCUACUUUGACCUUUACGACCCCCCGCUGGACGUCAGCUGUGUCGACCUCGACACAAACACCAUCUCCCAGUAAGCACUGCUUCUUCUGACACAAACACCAUCUCCCAGUAAGCAUUGCGGCGACUACCAACCCCCUGUUGUGUACUAGAAUGGAAUGGGAUGGGAUUGAAUAGAAUGGAAUAGACUGUUUUCUAUCCAUAUAAUGUGUACAUUCUCAGGGUCAGCCAUAGUAAAGGACCCCCAACCACUUAGCUAAAGGGCUGAGAGCAACACAGGGUCAGCCAUAGUAAAGGACCCCAACCACUUAGCUAAAGGGCUGAGAGCAACACAGGGUCAGCCAUAGUGCAGGACCCCAACCACUUAGCUAAAGGGCUGAGAGCAACACAGGGUCAGCCAUAGUAAAGGACCCCCAACCACUUAGCUAAAGGGCUGAGAGCAACACAGGGUCAACCAUAGUAAAGGACCCCAACCACUUAGCUAAAGGACUGAGAGCAACACAGGGUCAGCCAUAGUAAAGGACCCCCAACCACUUAGCUAAAGGGCUGAGAGCAACACAGGGUCAGCCAUAGUAAAGGACCCCCAACCACUUAGCUAAAGGGCUGAGAGCAACACAGGGUCAAGUAUAUUCCUCCAGGUGGGCUGUAACCCAGUGGAGACAGUAUAUUCCUCCAGGUGGGCUGUAACCCAGUGGAGACAGUAUAUUCCUCCAGGUGGGCUGUAACCCAGUGGAGACAGUAUAUUCCUCCAGGUGGGCGGUAACCCAGUGGAGACAGUAUGUUCCUCCAGGUGGGCUGUAACCCAGUGGAGACAGUAUAUUCCUCCAGGUGGGCUGUAACCCAGUGGAGACAGUAUAUUCCUCCAGGUGGGGCGGUAACCCAGUGGAGACAGUAAUGUUCCUCCAGGUGGGCUGUAACCCAGUGGAGACAGUAUAUUCCUCCAGGUGGGCGGUAACCCAGUGGAGACAGUAUGUUCCUCCAGGUGGGCUGUAACCCAGUGGAGACAGUAUAUUCCUCCAGGUGGGCUGUAACCCAGUGGAGACAGUAUAUUCCUCCAGGUGGGCGGUAACCCAGUGGAGACAGUAUAUUCCUCCAGGUGGGCUGUAACCCAGUGGAGACAGUAUAUUCCUCCAGGUGGGCUGUAACCCAGUGGAGACAGUAUAUUCCUCCAGGUGGGCUGUAACCCAGUGGAGACAGUAUAUUCCUCCAGGUGGGCUGUAACCCAGUGGAGACAGUAUAUUCCUCCAGGUGGGCUAAACCUAGUGGAGACAGUAUAUUCCUCCAGGUGGGCUGUAACCCAGUGGAGACAGUAUAUUCCUCCAGGUGGGCUGUAACCCAGUGGAGGACAGUAUAUUCCUCCAGGUGGGAUGUAACCCAGUGGAGACAGUAUAUUCCUCCAGGUGGGGCUGUAACCCCAGUGGAGACAGUUAUUCCUCCAGGUGGGCUGUAACCCAGUGGAGACAGUAUAUUCCUCCAGGUGGGAUGUAACCCAGUGGAGACAGUAUAUUCCUCCAGGUGGGCUGUAACCCAGUGGAGACAGUAUAUUCCUCCAGGUGGGCUGUAACCCAGUGGAGACAGUAUAUUCCUCCAGGUGGGCUGUAACCCAGUGGAGACAGUAUAUUCCUCCAGGUGGGCUGUAACCCCAGUGGAGACAGUAUAAUCCUCCAGGUGGGAUGUAACCCAGUGGAGACAGUAUAUUCCUCCAGGUGGGCUGUAACCCAGUGGAGACAGUAUAUUCCUCCAGGUGGGCUGUAACCUAGUGGAGACAGUAUAUUCCUCCAGGUGGGCUGUAACCCAGUGGAGACAGUAUAUUCCUCCAGGUGGGCUGUAACCCAGUGGAGACAGUAUAUUCCUCCAGAUGGGCUGUAACCCAGUGGAGACAGUAUAUUCCUCCAGGUGGGCUGUAACCCAGUGGAGACAGUAUAUUCCUCCAGGUGGGCUGUAACCCAGUGGAGACAGUAUAUUCCUCCAGGUGGGCUGUAACCUAGUGGAGACAGUAUAUUCCUCCAGGUGGGCUGUAACCCAGUGGAGACAGUAUAUUCCUCCAGGUGGCCUGUAACCCAGUGGAGACAGUAUAUUCCUCCAGGUGGGCUGUAACCCAGUGGAGACAGUAUAUUCCUCCAGGUGGCCUGUAACCCAGUGGAGACAGUAUAUUCCUCCAGGUGGUCUGUAACCCAGUGGAGACAGUAUAUUCCUCCAGGUGGGCUGUAACCCAGUGGAGACAGUAUAUUCCUCCAGGUGGCCUGUAACCCAGUGGAGACAGUAUAUUCCUCCAGGUGGGCUGUAACCCAGUGGAGACGGUAUAUUCCUCCAGGUGGGCUGUGGAAGUGGUUGUUUUUACACUGUUAGCCUUUUUUUUUUUUUUUUUUUUUUCACCUUUAUUUAACCAGGUAAGCCAGCUGAGAACAAGUUCUCAUUUACAACUGCGACCUGGCCAAGUUAAAGCAAAGCAGUGUGAUAAAAACAACAACACAGAGUUACAUAUGGGGUAAACACAACGUACAGUCAAUAACACAAUAGAAAUUAUACUGUAUUGUGUCAGGUUUUGGCCACUGUUGGUAUAAUAAUAAUAAUAAUAAUAAUAUGCCAUUUAGCAGACGCUUUUAUCCAAAGCCACUUACAGUCAUGUGUGCAUCUAUUGUCCGUAUGGGUCAAAGUUCAAUCUGUUUCUGUGGUUCUGUGUCUCUAAGAUCAGUCCGAUAUUUCGACCAGUCUCGGGGGUGGUCUCCUGCCCCUAUCCACCACCAGUGUUAGUUUUGUGCCAGUUCCACCUCUCAGGAGAGCUGACCGUGUGUUUCAUCUUCCAGCAACGAAGAUAAGAGGACCCUGACCUGGAAGAUCCUGCCAAAGAAAGCCUGUAAAAACCUGAUGAACGUGCUGAACAAUCUCUACCAGGAACUGGUGGACGGUGAGUAGUGUACUGUAUGGAUGGAGAACUAAAGGUUUCACAAUAAAUACACUGGGUCAAGUGUAGGCUGAGUUGCCAGAUGUGAUUCUGGUUCUGCUUUAGCAAGCUCCUUUAUUAUAACGAUGACAAAAGGAGUUGGCAACAGCAGAAAAAAAUAUCUGGCAACCAAGCUAGAUCAAGAAGACGUUUUCAUAAAACUAGUUUUCAAGGUCGACUUUGAAAGAUUCUUUCAAGCUAAUGUGUUUGAAUCUUAGGUGUUGUGCUUCUUCUUAUGAAUAUGAUAAACCGCUGUAACUGUGGUGUAGUACUACUUUACAGUCAGCUUAGAAUCUAUUAUCCAGUGUCUACUGUGCAGGAAGUCCAACAGAUGGUCGGCCUGUUUAAAGAACCGUAUUGUAGCAUUCUUCUUCCUCUCUCCUCUUUCUCUGUAAAAAACCCCACUAGUUAGUAUAACAUCAUUAUUCCUCUCUCUCCCUCUCCCUCUCCCCCUCUCUCUCUCCCUCUCCUCUCUCUCCCCCUCCCCCCUUUCUCCUCUCUCUCCCUCUUCCCCCUCUCUCUCUCCUCUCCUCUCUCUCUCUCCCUCUCCCCCCUCUCUCCUCUCUCUCUCCCUCUCCCCCCUCUCUCUCUCCUCUCUCUCCCUCUCCCCCUCUCUCUCUCCCUCUCCUCUCUCUCCCCCCUCUCUCCCCCUCCCCCCUUUCCUCCUCUCUCUCUCCUCUCUCUCCCUCUCCCCCCUCUCUCUCUCUCCUCUCUCUCUCCCCCUCUCUCCCCCCCUCUCUCUCUCCUCUCUCUCUCUCUUCCCCUCUCUCUCCCUCUCCCUCUCCCCCCCUCUCUCUGUCUCUCCUCUCUCUCCCUCCCCCCUCUCCCUCUCCCCCUCUCUCUCUCCUCCCCUCUCUCCCGCUCCCCCCCCUCCCCUCUCUCUCUUCUCUCCUCUCCUCUCCCCCCCUCUCUUCCUCUCCCCCUCUCUCUCUCUCCUCCUCUCUCCUCUCGCCUCUCCCCCUCUCCUCCUCUCUCUCUCCCUCUCCCCCUCUCUCUCUCUCCUCUCUCUCCCCCCUCGUCCCUCUCCCCUCCCCCUUUCUCCUCUCUCUUUUCCUCCUCCCCCCCUCUCUCUCUCUCUCCCCCUCUCCCCCCUCUCUCUCCUCUCAUCCCUCUCUCUCCCCCCUCUCUCUCCUCUCUCCCUCUCCUCACCCCCUCUCUCUUCUCCUCUCUCUCUCCUCUCUCUCUCCCCCUCUCUCCUCUCCUCCCCCUUUCCUCCUCUCGCACCCCUCUCCUCUCUUCUCUCUCUCUCUCUCUCCCCUCCCUCCUCUCUCUCCCCCCUCUCUCUCUCCCUCCCCCCUCUCUCCUCUCUCUCUCCCUCUCCCCUCUCGCCCCUCUCUUCUCCCUCCUCUCUCCUCUCUCUCUCUCUCUCCCUCCUCCUCUCCUCUCCUCUCUCUUUCUCCCGCCCCUCUCUCUCGUCUCCUCUCUCUCUCUCCCUUCCCUCCUCGUCUCUCUCUCUCCCCCUCUCUCCUCUCCCGUCUCUCCCUCAUCCCCCUCUCCCCUCUCUCUCCCCUCUCUCCUCUCUCUUCUCCCCUCUCCCCCCCUCUCUCUCCUCUCUCUCCCUCUCCCCCUUCUCCUCUCUCCUCUCCUCUCCUCCCCCCCUCUCUCCCCUCUCUCUCCUCUCUCCCCCCCUCUCCUCCCUCUCUCUCUCUCGUUUCGCCCUCUCUCUCCCCCCUUUCUCCUCUUCUCUCUCCUCUCCCCAACUCUCUCAUCUCCCCUCCUCUCUCUCCCCCUCUCUCUCUCUCGCUCUCUCUCCUCCCCCCUCUCUCUCACUCCCUCAGCUCGCCUCCCCUCUCAUCUGCUCUGUCCCCUCUUCUCUCCUCUCCGUCUCUCUCCUCUUCCCCUCCCCCCUCCUCCCUCUCCCCCCCUCCCUCUCCUCUCUCUAUCUCUCCCUCUGCUUCUUCCUCCUCUCUCCUCUCUCUCUCUCCCCCCUCUCUCCUCUCUUUUCUCUCCUCUCUCCUCUCCCCCCUCUCUCUCUCUCUACCUGCUCUAUUCGUCUCCAUUAGUUCAGUUUUGUUAUUUAUAGCCCAGUCAGUAAACCUGCUGCCUGCUUAUUGAGAAAUCAGAUAAAAAUUGAAUAAUGGUACAUUCGGAGACUCAGUGAGGCUGAAAAUCUGUCCUGCCACUGCAUUAGUGUUUAGGCCGGGAAUAUUGAACAUGGAUACAGCUUGGCAGAGUAACAAGCUGAGCCAUAACUUUAGGGACUUGUGCUUAGAGAAAAACUAACUUCAAUAGAGAUAGAACUCUGUGCUUUGUUAUUUUAAAUCUACUUCAACAACAACCAAACAGAACCCAAAAAUGUUGUGAACUCAGUUUUCAUUCAGAGAAAGUCCUGUUUGUUUUAAGUUGUGUUUUCAUCUGUGUUAAACUGUGGCAGGUAGUUAAACAGGAUGCACUAGCAUACAACACAUUAAGAACACCUUCCUAAUAUUGAGUUGCUUAAAAAAUCAUUCUUUAACCGGUCUCCUCCCCUUCAUCUACACUGAUUUUGAAGUGUAUUUAACAAGUGACAUCAAUAAGGGAUCAUAUCUUUCACCUGGAUUCACCUGGUCAGUCUAUGUCAUGGAAAGAGCAGGUGUUCCUAAUGUUUUGUACACUCAGUGUAUCUUUUUAAGAGUGCUUUCCUCUAUGUAUCUAUGGAACUACAUGAGGGAUGCGUCCCAAAUGGCGCCCUGUUCCCUAUAUAGUGCACUACCUUAAGGAAUAGGGUGCCAUUUGGGACAAAACCUAUAAGAUAUGCAAACAAAAAACAUAUUUUCCAUUGGUUCCCCCCAGGUCAGCAUAACCAAUAACCCUCUUUUCUAUUGGUUCCCCCCCAGGUCAGCAAUACCAACAACCCUCUUUUCUAUUGGUUUCCUCUAGGUCAGCAAUACCAACAACCCUCUUUUUCUAUUGGUUCCCCCUAGGUCAGCAGAAUCAAUAACCCUCUUUUCUAUUGGUUCCCCCUAGGUCAGCAGAUCCAACAACCCUCUUUUUAUUGGUUCCCCCUAGGUCAGCAGAACCAAUAACCCUCUUUUCUAUUGGUUCCCCCUAGGUCAGCAGAUCCAACAACCCUCUUUUCUAUUGGUUCCCCCUAGGUCAGCAGAACCAAUAACCCUAUUUUCUAUUGGUUUCCUCUAGGUCAGCAGAUCCAAUAACCCUCUUUUCUAUUGGUUCCCCCUAGGUCAGCAGAUCCAACAACCCUCUUUUCUAUUGGUUCCCCCUAGGUCAGCAGAUCCAACAACCCUCUUUUCUAUUGGUUCCCCCUAGGUCAGCAGAACCAAUAACCCUCUUUUCUAUUGGUUCCCCCUAGGUCAGCAGAACCAAUAACCCUCUUUUCUAUUGGUUCCCCCUAGGUCAGCAGAUCCAACAACCCUCUUUUCUAUUGGUUCCCCCUAGGUCAGCAGAACCAAUAACCCUCUUUUCUAUUGGUUCCCCCUAGGUCAGCAGAACCAAUAACCCUCUUUUCUAUUGGUUUCCUCUAGGUCAGCAGCGUCCUGAUGGCCUAUUGGAGCUGAGUAUGAAUGACUGUACGGAGCUGGCCUGUGGGAAGAGCCUCCACAGCCUGGAGAUGGAGAUACAGGAAGCAUUCCUCAGGUUCAUGGCGGCCAUCUUGAAAGGCUACCGCUCCUACCUGAGACCCAUCACCCAGGCCCCGUCUGAGAAGGCUACUGACGCCUCCUCUCUCUUUGACCUGCAAGGUUAGUACCGGCUUUGUGUGUGUGUGUGUGUGUGUGUGUGUGUGUGUGUGUGUGUGUGUGUGUGUGUGUGUGUGUGUGUGUGUGUGUGUGUGUGUGUGUGUGUGUGUGUGUGUGUGUGUGUGUGUGUGUGUGAGAGCUCCUACCUGAGACCCAUCACCAAGGCCCCGUCUAAGAAGGCUACUGACGCCAGCUCACUGUUUGACCUGCCAGGCUGGACUAAAAGCCUGAUAUGAUCAGAAUAAGGCCAGGACUAGCUGGUUCAUCAGCAGCCUUAGAGCAGGGCUGGAGUAAAAACCCAUCCACCCGACACCACACCCUUCACAUAAUUAGGAAGAGGGGAUGGCAUUCAAUGGAAUAGGACUGAAACGAAGCUGCCGUGGGAGAUCACAGUGUAAACCACAGCUCAUCAUUUGCCAGCUGUUGAUUCUAUUAUAGCAGGCCUUUUUCAUUGGGGCUUGUGUUUUAUAGUGGCCUAUACAUCACAUUUAUUUGUCAUUUAUAUUCAAGGGGAAUAUCCAUGUUCAGAAAGCCCAGCCACAGUUUAGCAUUACGUCACUGACUUUGACAGUAUUAUGAUGAUGGAGACUUAUAGACCUCUACACUGUGAAUAUAUAUCUAGGAUCUCUCCCCAUACACACUAUUCUACAGCCUGUCUGCAUGAGUCUGUGUGUGCGCUAGCUAGCUGCAGCUGUUCUAUACUCCAGAGGCUGCGGUAGAGAGUCUGGACUGGGGCCCGUUGAAGCUGGCUAAUACAUUUUAGUCAUUUAGCAGACGCUCUUAUCCAGAGCGACUUACAGUUAGUGAGUGCAUACAUUUUUCAUACUGGCCCCCCGUGGGAAUCGAACCCACAACCCUGGCGUUGCAAACGCCAUGCUCUACCAACUGAGCUAUACGGGACUACACCUAAUACCACACCUAAUGGAGUUGAGUUGGGACUGGGGCCUGUUGAAGCUGGCUAAUACCACACCUGAUGGAGUUGAUUUGGGACUGAAGCCCGUUGAAGCUGGCUAAUACCACACCUGAUGGAGUUGAUUUGGGACUGAAGCCCGUUGAAGCUGGCCCACACCUGAUGGAGUGUUGGGACUGGGGGCCCGUUGAAGCUGGCUAAUACCACACCUGAUGGAGUUGAGUUGGGACUGGGGCCCGUUGAAGCUGGCUAAUACCACACCUGAUGGAGUUGAUUUGGGACUGGGGCCUGUUGAAGCUGGCUAAUACCACACCUGAUGGAGUUGAGUUGGGACUGAAGCCCGUUGAAGCUGGCUAAUACCACACCUGAUGGAGUUGAUUUGGGACUGGGGCCCGUUGAAGCUGGCUAAUACCACACCUGAUGGAGUUGAGUUGGGACUGGGAUGGUGAUCUCAUCCAGUCUGCGCUGUCUCCAGUGGAUAACUAGUCAGAGAGUCCUUUAUUGUUAAAGACUGCUCUGGCUAGCCGUAGCCAAGGGCUUCAUCCCAAACGACACCCUAUUCCCUAUUUAGUGUAUUACUUUUGACCAGAGCCCAUAGCCAAGGACGUGAGCAGUCUCCAGUGGACGCUAGCCAUGCUAGCUGUAUCCAAGGACGUGAGCAGUCUCCAGUGGACGCUAGCCAUGCUAGCUGUAGUCCAAGGACGUGAGCAGUCUCCAGUGGACGCUAGCCAUGCUAGCUGUAUCCAAGGACGUGAGCAGUCUCCAGUGGACGCUAGCCAUGCUAGCUGUAGUCAAGGACGUGAGCAGUCUCCAGUGGACGCUAGCCAUGCUAGCUGUAUCCAAGGGACAUGAGCAGUCUCCAGUGGACGCUAGCCAUGCUAGCUGUAUCCAAGGACGUGAGCAGUCUCCAGUGGACGCUAGCCAUGCUAGCUGUAUCCAAGGACGUGAGCAGUCUCCAGUGGACGCUAGUCAUGCUAGCUGUAUCCAAGGGACGUGAGCAGUCUCCAGUGGACGCUAGCCAUGCUAGCUGUAGCGAAGGACGUGAGCAGUCUCCAAUGGACGCUAGCCAUGCUAGCUGUAGCCAAGGGACGUGAGCAGUCUCCAGUGGAUGCUAGCCAUGCUAGCUGUAUCCAAGGACGUGAGCAGUCUCCAGUGGACGCUAGCCAUGCUAACUGUAUCCAAGGACGUGAGCAGUCUCCAGUGGACGCUAGCCAUGCUAGCUGUAGCGAAGUACAUGAGCAGUCUCCAGUGGACGCUAGCCAUGCUAGCUGUAGCGAAGGACGUGAGCAGUCUCCAGUGGACGCUAGCCAUGCUAGCUGUAGCGAAGGACGUGAGCAGUCUCCAGUGGACGCUAGCCAUGCUAGCUGUAGCCAAGGACAUGAGCAGUCUCCAGUGGACGCUAGCCAUGCUAGCUGUAUCCAAGGACGUGAGCAGUCUCCAGUGGACGCUAGCCAUGCUAGCUGUAGCGAAGGACGUGAGCAGUCUCCAGUGGACGCUAGCCAUGCUAGCUGUAUCCAAGGGACAUGUUGGAUAUGAGGAAUGUGAUCCAGACAAACAGGGAUGAGUAGUUUAGAGAGACCUCUGCAGUGUUGUUAUGUAAUGAUAGAGCUGGAGCACGCAGCCAUGGGUAAUGGGACAAUGUGCUUUCUCCUUUGGCCAAGUGUGGGUGUGUAUCUGUAUCCAUAGAUAAUCUAUCAGCUGUCCGUUAGUAUUACUGUAGGGACCCACAACAACACAAAGCUUGGCCUCCAUGACUGCAGUGUGAGCCAAUGGCCAUCCACCCUCCUCACUCCCCCUGGCCCUGUCUGUCCCACAGGUCAGCUGUUAGGUCAGCUGGAAGUCAGGUCAGCUGUUAGGUCAGCUGGAAGUCAGGUCAGCUGUUAGGUCAGCUGGAAGUCAGGUCAGCUGUUAGGUCAGCUGGAAGUCAGGUCAGCUGUUAGGUCAGCUGGAAGUCAGGUCAGCUGUUAGGUCAGCUGGAAGUCAGGUCAGCUGUUAGUCAGCCCAGCUGGGUUUAACACUUACGGAAGUCACUUCCCUGUUUUGCACCUUAGAUUGGCCCUGUGUUAUCUUACCUGCACGGCUGUGCCUAACUAAGGUACAUCCGUCGUUAUUGUAAAAUAGAAUGUGUUCUCAAUGACUUACCUGGUUAAAUAAAGACUUGCCUGGUUAAAUAAAGCUGUAUCUGGUUAAAUAAAGCUGUAUCUGGUUAAAUAAAGCUGUAUCUGGUUAAAUAAAGCUGUAUCUGGUUAAAUAAAGACGUACCUGGUUAAAUAAAGACGUACCUGGUUAAAUAAAGGUUAAACAAUUAUAAUACUAAAGCAGCGUGCUUCAUGGUCGAAGUUCCAAGUCCCUAAACCUAUUUUGCCAGCCAUACCUAGCAGUGAACCACACAUGUUCUGUUCUGCUUCUCCCUCCACAACCGUCCUCUUCAGGGUUCCUGAAGAGCAGAGACCGGUCCCACCGGAAGUUCUACUGUAUCUUUUAUAGGUUUCUCAUAUGGUUCUAAUGUUCUGUAGGGUAUGGUUCUAAUGUUCUGUAGGGUUCCUGAAAAGCAGAGACCGGUCCCACCAGAAGUUCUACUCCCUGAUGACCAAGACUCAGAUGUUCAUCAGGUUCAUAGAGGAGUGUUCCUUCGUCUCAGACAAAGACGCCAGCCUGGCCUUCUUCGAUGACUGUGUGGACAAGGUACAGCUUGGUUUACAACACUAUCAUCCUAGUCAUAUAUAGACCUAUCCUCUGUGAAAUAACCCUAUCCCUUCUCCGUACAGCUUGGUUUACAACACUAUCAUCCUAGUCAUAUAUAGACCUAUCCUCUGUGAAAUAACCCUAUCCCUUCUCUGUACAGCUUGGUUUAUAACACUAUCAUCCUGUAUCUCCCUGUCUAGUAGCUAUGCUUGCCAGUGAAGUUCUUCUCCCUUCCCUCUAUCUCCCAUUCAUUUCCAUUCCCCUCCAUUUAGACCAUUGGUAGGCAGUCUUACUCUCUACAGGGUUGAUGCGGGUGCAGCCAAAGCAGUAUCACAGCAGAUUCUACUAAUUAAGUAUUUAUUGGAAGACUGUGGGUGUUUCUCAAUGUGCGUACUACCGUGCUCCACACUCUCAUGCUUCGAGUGCAUUUUCCGAGGACGUUCUCUUGAGUUCGCAUAAAACAUUACAUUUGAGAAGCACUCCCCCUACUGUAUUACCUCACGCUGCACCCCCCCAUUCACUGAACCUUCUUCCAGCCAGGACAAUGGCAACAACAGACACGAAACGAGAUAUACACAAAGCAAAUGUUUUACUUCAUAAUUCUCAGCUAGCUCGUAAUAAUCUAGCUAACCAGAUAGUAAACAUGCUAAAAUUACCUAAAACUAAUGUUAUGCAAGGUAGAUGUAAAUUCUUUGUGGCUAUCUCGCUAGCUAGCUAACAGUAAUAGCUAGCCAGUUAACGUUCGCCCUGUUGACUUACUAUGGGCUUGCGAUCUGCGCACACUACAGUGGGUAUUGUAGGCAAGUAAACAUGCUAAAAUUAUCACAGUAUAAAUGUAUUAACGUAUCAAGAUAUAAAAUAUUGUAGUCAGGCAAUAUAUGAGAUGUGAAUGGGCAACAUUUCAUUCCGAAGUCAGAGUCAUUGAUUUCAGGAAAUGUUCCGUCGUUGUUUUUUGUGUUUCUGUAAAAUACUUUCUGUUGAAGCUUGCAUUGAUGCAUGCUUCAAAAUAUGUACAAAAGGAGUACGCAUCCGGGAAGUGCCUUCCGUGCUCCGUUUCCAGGGUUCGCACAAGGUGCUUGAGGUGCCUAAAAUACUUGAAUUUGGCACUCUGAAAUUCAAGUACUGGAAUACCUUGAAAAUCAGGAAUGUUCUGAAAGGUAGUACUUGAAUUAAAAUGAGAGGAGAACAGAAAAUGAUAAAAUAUGUUAAUAUGAAAAAUGUUAGAAAAAUGUAUUGGUCUUGGACCUUUAAUUUCCAGGCAGAAACAAACUACCUCAGCCUUUUUUGAACAUCCCUCGACUCCUGCCGUGUCAACAGACAUCCCCCAAACAUAAAUGAGUGUACAACUGGUAAAUAAUAAACUGAUAUUUCAGUCAGAUGUCUAGCUAGCUAGGUAGCUCAAGGGCUUUGGCUGUUAGCCAGGUUAGCUAGCUAUAACUAGCUGGUUAGAAAGAUGAAGUUAGAAGCUAACGUUGAACGGAUCCUGACCUCAGCAGGAGCAGUUGACUGAAAUUAAGCUAGCUAUAAUCAAAAGAUAUAAGUUCUCAUAACAAAAUACAUUUUCUUUACGGUGAGUAGUGAGACAGACAGUGGUGAUUCAGGCUGCAAUGAAGGAGGAAAAUGAGAUACUCAGAGAGAGGAAGCAUUGAAGCAAGCAGGGAGAGAGGUUAGUAGUACGGUGGUUCCCAAACCUGGGGUCCGGAACCCAUGUGGGUCCCCUAAAAUUUAAAUAGGGUCCCCUGAGAGAAUCAUAUCAAACAUAGUAACUUGUUGCUCUUCAAAUGUGUAUAGAUUACAACAUUUUAGUGUCAACUAAGGGCCUUUUACACUGUCAGAAUUAACUUUCAUGUCGUUAUGUGUUGGGACAGCCUGUGGAACCUAACAUUUAAGUGAAAUAUAAAGGCAAUUUAAAUAGAAAGACAAUUUAAUAUUAUUAUCAUGUACACUGAACAAAAAUAUAAAUACAACCAUUUCAAAAAUUUUACUGAGUUACAAUUCAUAUAAGGAAAUCAGUCAACAUCAUCAGUACUGACCUACCACUCAUGUAUGUAGUCAAUAAGUGUGAAACACGUAUUAUUGAGUAGAACUUGUAAGAUGGUGAUGAAUAGUAAGUUAGUUAUGGUGUUCUACUGCCAUCUGGUGGCGACUAGAAACAAUUGCAUAAUAGGAACUAUUGCAAAUUGAUGGUUCUUGAAAAUAAAUAUGAGUGCUUGAAUUUGAAUUUGUCUUGAAUUUGUCUUUGAAAAAGUCCUUGAAUUUGACUUGCCACUGUCUGUACGAACCCUGCGUUUAACCUUAGUACUGUCUGGUUAUUUCCUUUAACCUUAGUACUGUCUGGUUAUUUCCUUUAACCUUAGUACUGUCUGGUUAUUUCCUUUAACCUUAGUACUGUCUGGUUAUUUUCCCUUUAACCUAGUACUGUCGGUUAUUUUCCCUUUUAAACCCUUAGUACUGUUGGUUAUUUUCCCUUUAACCUUAGUACUGUCUGGUUAUUUCCUUUAACCUAGUACUGUCUGGUUAUUUCUUUAACCUUAGACUGUCUGGUUAUUUUCCUUUAACCUUAGUACUGUCUGGUUAUUUCCUUUCCUUAGUACUUCGGUUAUUUCCUUUUUAAACCUUAGGACUGUCUGGUUAUUUCCUUAACCUUAGUACUGUCUGGUUAUUUCCUUUAACCUUAGUUUCUGUCUGGUUAUUCCUUUAACCUUAGUACUGUCUGGUUAUUCCCUUUUAAACCUUUUACUGUCUGGUUAUUUCCUUUAACCUUAGUACUGUCUGGUUAUUUCCUUAACCUUAUUUCGUCUGGUUAUUUUCCUUUUAACCUUAGUACUGUCUGGUUAUUUCCUUUAACCUUAGUACUGUCUGGUUAUUUCCUUUAACCUUAGUACUGUCUGGUUAUUUCCUUUAACCUUAGUACUGUCUGGUUAUUUCCUUUAACCUUAGUACUGUCUGGUUAUUUCCUUUAACCUUAGUACUGUCUGGUUAUUUCCUUUAACCUUAGUACUGUCUGGUUAUUUCCUUUAACUUAGUACUGUCUUAGUACUGUCUGGUUAUUUCCUUUAACCUUAGUACUGUCUGGUUAUUUCCUUUAACCUUAGUACUGUCUGGUUAUUUCCUUUAACCUUAGUACUGUCUGGUUAUUUCCUUUAACCUUAGUACUGUCUGGUUAUUUCCUUUAACUUUAGUACUGUCUGGUUAUUUCCUUUAACCUUAGUACUGUCUGGUUAUUUCCUUUAACCUUAGUACUGUCUGGUUAUUUCCUUUAACCUUAGUACUGUCUGGUUAUUUCCUUUAACCUUAGUACUGUCUGGUUAUUUCCUUUAACCCUUAGUACUGUCCUGGUUAUUUCCUUACUUAGUACUGUCUGGUUAUUCCUUUAACCUUAGUACUGUUCUGUUUUUCCUUUAACCUUAGUACUGUCUGGUUAUUCCUUUAAACCUUAGUACUGUCUGGUUAUUUCCUUUAACCUUAGUAUGUUGGUUAUUCCUUUAACCUUAGUACUGUCUGGUUAUUUCCUUUAACCUUAGUACUGUCUGGUUAUUUCCUUUAACCUUAGUACUGUCUGGUUAUUUCCUUUAACCUUAGUACUGUCUGGUUUUUUCCAUUUAACCUUAGUACUGUAUGGUUUAUUUCCUUGAACCUUAGUUAAUGUCCUGGUUAUUUUCCUUAACCCUUAGGUACUGUCUGGGUUAUUUCCUUUAACCUUAGUACUGUCUGGUUAUGUCCUUUAACCUUUAGUACUGUCGUUGGUUAUUUCCUUUAACUCGUACUGUCUGGUUAUUUCCUUUUAACCUUAGCCUAGGUCUGGUUAUUUCCUUUAACACAUUAGUACUGUCUGGUUAGUUUCCUUUAACCUUAGUAAUGUCUGGUUAUUUCCUUUAACCUUAGUACUGUCUGGUUAUUUUCCAAACAGUCCCUGCUCUCCCACCUGUCUCUAACCAAAGCUUUGCCUCCUGCCCCCCCCGCUCCCCUCCUUCUCUCCUUCCUUCUCCUCUCCUCCCCUCCUCUCCGCCCCCCCUCUCCUCUCCUCUCCUCUCCUCUCCUCUCUGCCUCCCUGUUGCGUGCAGCUCUACAGUUCAGAGCGCAGUGCAGACAAAGGAGGCAAGGUGAGUGACUGUGACCACCCUACCACACUACCACCCUACCACCCUACCACACUACCACUCUACCACCCUACCACCCUACCACUUUACACACCCUACCACUUUAAAAACUUACACCCACCCAAACCCCACACCCAAUUUACCACCCAAAACUUACACCCACACCCCACAAAACACCACCACACACAACCCACCACACUAACCACCCCCACCCACCACCCACCACCAUCCUACCCCCUUUACCACCCUACCACUUUACACCACCCUACCACACUACCACCCACCCAACCCCCCUACCACACCUACCACCCUACCACACUACCACUCUACCACCCUACCACCCUACCACUUUACCACCCUACCACUUUACCACUUUACCACCCUACCACCCUACCACCCUACCAACCUACACUUUACCACCCUACCACUUUACCACCCUACCACCCUACCACCCUACCACACUACCACCCUACCACUCUACCACACUACCACUCUGACACAACUUAUUUACUGUCAACUAAGUUCUGUCCAUACUGCUAUUGCUUAAUUCUACAGGGUAUGCUAGUGUGAAUAUAUUGCUUCAUUCUACGGGGUAUGCUGGUGUGAACAUAUUGCUUCAUUCUACGGGGUAUGCUGGUGUGAACAUAUUGCUUCAUUCUACGCGGUAUGCUGGUGUGAAUAUAUUGCUUCAUUGGGUGGUCCUCUAUAGCUCAGCUGGUAGAGCACGGCGCUUGUAACGCCAGGGUAGUGGGUUCGAUCCCCGGGACCACCCAUACACAAAAAUGUAUGCACGCAUCACUGUAAGUCUCUUUGGAUAAAAGCGUCUGCUAAAUGGCAUAUUAUAUUCUACGGGGUAUGCUGGUGUGAAUAUAUUGCUUCAUUCUACAGGGUAUGCUAGUGUGAAUAUAUUGCUUAAUUCUACAGGGUAUGCUAGUGUGAAUAUAUUGCUUAAUUCUACAGGGUAUGCUAGUGUGAAUAUAUUGCUUAAUUCUACAGGGUAUGCUAGUGUGAAUAUAUUGCUUCAUUCUACGGGGUAUGCUAGUGUGAAUAUAUUGCUUAAUUCUACAGGGUAUGCUAGUGUGAAUAUAUUGCUUAAUUCUACAGGGUAUGCUAGUGUGAAUAUAUUGCUUAAUUCUACAGGGUAUGCUAGUGUGACUAUAUUGCUUCAUUCUACGGGGUAUGCUGGUGUGAAUAUAUUGCUUCAUUCUACAGGGUAUGCUGGUGUGAAUAUAUUGCUUCAUUCUACGGGGUAUGCUGGUGUGAAUAUUGGGUCUCCUAGUGCCUUUCCAUGCUAGGUUACCACCUCAGUCUCUGAAUGUUGAUUAAUUCCAUUCUUCUCUCACACACUCUCUCAGCUAUGCGUUUCCCAAGUCUUCCGUUUCAAAACAAUAUAUAUAAUUUGGUGCAGUAGCACUCAAGAGCAGUUAGUGUGAACUACAAGAGAAAGUCUGAACCACCUAGCUAGCUCUCCAGGAGCAGGGUUGCUUAUUAACUACUGCUGUUUAACUUCUCAGUGCAAGGCAGUCCACCUCUCUGUCUGUCUCUGCUACCUUCCCUUCUGUAUUAAAACACAGGGCAGUCCACCUCUCUGUCUGUCUCUGCUACCUUCCCUUCUGUAGAGAAACACAGGACAGUCCACCUCUCUGUCUGUCUCUGCUACCUUCCCUUCUGUAUUAAAACACAGGACAGUCCACCUCUCUGUCUGUCUCUGCUACCUUCCCUUCUGUAUUAAAACACAGGACAGUCCACCUCUCUGUCUGUCUCUACUACCUUCCCUUCUGUAGAGAAACACAGGGCAGUCCACCUCUCUGUCUGUCUCUGCUACCUUCCCUUCUGUAUUAAAACACAGGACAGUCCACCUCUCUGUCUGUCUCUGCUACCUUCCCUUCUGUAUUAAAACACAGGGCAGUCCACCUCUCUGUCUGUCUCUGCUACCUUCCCUUCUGUAUUAAAACACAGGGCAGUCCACCUCUCUGUCUGUCUCUGCUACCUUCCCUUCUGUAUUAAAACACAGGACAGUCCACCUCUCUGUCUGUCUCUGCUACCUUCCCUUCUGUAUUAAAACACAGGACAGUCCACCUCUCUGUUUUUCUCUGCUACCUUCCCUUCUGUAGAGAAACACAGGACAGUCCACCUCUCUGUCUGUCUCUGCUACCUUCCCUUCUGUAUUAAAACACAGGACAGUCCACCUCUCUGUCUGUCUCUGCUACCUUCCCUUCUGUAUUAAAACACAGGACAGUCCACCUCUCUGUCUGUCUCUGCUACCUUCCCUUCUGUAUUAAAACACAGGGCAGUCCACCUCUCUGUCUGUCUCUGCUACCUUCCCUUCUGUAUUAAAACACAGGGCAGUCCACCUCUCUGUCUGUCUCUGCUACCUUCCCUUCUGUAUUAAAACACAGGACAGUCCACCUCUCUGUCUGUCUCUGCUACCGUCCCUUCUGUAUUAAAACACAGAGCAGUCCACCUCUCUGUCUGUCUCUGCUACCUUCCCUUCUGUAGAUAAACACAGAACAGUCCACCUCUCUGUCUGUCUCUGCUAUCUUCCCUUCUGUAUUAAAACACAGGGCAGUCCACCUCUCUGUCUGUCUCUGCUACCUUCCCUUCUGUAGAGAAACACAGGACAGUCCACCUCUCUGUUUUUCUCUGCUACCUUCCCUUCUGUAGAGAAACACAGGACAGUCCACCUCUCUGUUUUUCUCUGCUACCGUCCCUUCUGUAUUAAAACACAGGGUAGUCCACCUCUCUGUCUGUCUCUGCUACCUUCCCUUCUGUAUUAAAAACACCCGGGACAGUCCACCUCUCUGUCUGGUCUCUGCUACCUUCCCUUCUGUAUUAAAACACAGAACAGUCCACCUCUCUGUCUGUCUCGCUAUCUUCCCUUCUGUAUUAAAACACAGGGCAGUCCCACCUCUCUGUCUGUCUCUGCUACCUUCCCUUCUGUAUUAAAACACAGGACAGUCCAACCUCUCUGUCUGUCUCUGCUACCUUCCCGUUCUGUAUUAAAACACAGGGCAGUCCACCUCUCUGUCUGUCCUCUGCUACCUUCCCUUCUGUAUUAAAACACAGGGCAGUCCACCUCUCUGGUCUGUCUCUGCUACCUUCCCUUCUGUAUUAAAAAACACAGGGCAGUCCACCCUCUCUGUCUGUCUCUGCUACCUUCCCUUCUGUAUUAAAACACAGGGCAGUCCACCUCUCUGUCUGUCUCUGCUACCUUCCCUUCUGUAGAGAAACACAGGACAGUCCACCUCUCUGUUUUUCUCUGCUACCUUCCCUUCUGUAUUAAAACACAGGGCAGUCCACCUCUCUGUCUUUCUCUGCUACCUUCCCUUCUGUAUUAAAACACAGGGCAGUCCACCUCUCUGUCUUCUCUGCUACCUUCCCUUCUGUAGAGAAACACAGGACAGUCCACCUCUCUGUUUUCUCUGCUACCUUCCCUUCUGUAGAGAAACACAGGACAGUCCACCUCUCUGUUUUUCUCUGCUACCUUCCCUUCUGUAAUAAACACAGGUCAGUCCACCUCUCUGUUUCUUCUCUGCUACCUCCCUUCUGUAUUAAAACACAGGGCAGUCCACCUCUCUGUCUGUCUCUGCUACCUUCCCUUCUGUAUUAAAACACAGGGCAGUCCACCUCCCUCUGUCUGUCUCUGCAUACCUUCCCUGUUCUGUAUUUUAAAAACACAGGGCAGUCCACCUCUCUGUCUGUCUCUGCUACCUUCCCUUCUGUAUUAAAACACAGGACAGUCCACCUCUCUGUCUGUCUCUGCUAACCUUCCCUUCUGUAUUAAAACACAGGGCAGUCCUCCUCUCUGUCUGUCUCUGCUACCUUCCCUUAUAUAUUAAAACACAGACAGUCCACCUCUCUGUCUUGUCUCUGCUACCUUCCCUCUGUAUUAAAACACAGGACAGUCCUCCUCUCUGUCUUGUCUCUGCUACCUUCCCCUUCUUUAAUUUUAAAAACACAAGCCAGUCACUCUCAACUCUGCUACCUUCCCUUCUGUAGAAAAAACACAGGGCAGUCACUCUCAACUCUGCUACCUUCCUUCUUGUAGAAAAACAACAUCCAGUCACUCUCAACUCUGCUACCCUUCCCUUCUGUAUAAAAAACCAGCCCAGUCACUCUCAACUCUGCUACCUUCCCUUCUUUAUUAAAACACAGCCAGUCACUCUCAACUCUGCUACCCUUCCCUUCUUUAUUUAAAACACAGCCAGGUCACUCUCAACUCUGCUACCCUUCCCUUCUGUAGAAAAACACAGCCAGUCACUCUCAACUCUGUCUACCUUCCAUCUUAAAAACACAGCCAGUCACUCUCAACUCUGCUACCUUCCCUUCUGUAUAAAACACAGCCAGUCACUCUCAACUCUGCUACCUUCCCUUCUUUAUUAAAACACAGCCAGUCACUCUCAACUCUGCUACCUUCCCUUCUUUAUUAAAACACAGCCAGUCACUCUCAACUCUGCUACCUUCCCUUCUGUAGAAAAACACAGCCAGUCACUCUCAACUCUGCUACCUUCCCUUCUGUAGAAAAACACAGCCAGUCACUCUCAACUCUGCUACCUUCCCUUCUGUAGAAAACACAGCCAGUCACUCUCAACUCUGCUACCUUCCCUUCUGUAGAAAAACACAGCCAGUCACUCUCAACUCUGCUACCUUCCCUUCUUUAUUAAAACACAGCCAGUCACUCUCAACUCUGCUACCUUCCCUUCUUUAUUAAAACACAGCCAGUCACUCUCAACUCUGCUACCUUCCCUUCUUUAUUAAAACACAGCCAGUCACUCUCAACUCUGCUACCUUCCCCUCUGUAGAAAAACACAGCCAGUCACUCUCAACUCUGCUACCUUCCCUUCUGUAGAAAAACACAGCCAGUCACUCUCAACUCUGCUACUUUCCCUUCUGUAGAAAAACACAGGCCAGUCACUCUCAACUCUGCACCUUCCCCUUCUUAUUAAAACACAGCCAGUCACUCUCAACUCUGCUACCUUCCCUUCUUUAUUAAAACACAGCCAGUCACUCUCAACUCUGCUACCUUCCCUUCUUUAUUAAAACACAGCCAGUCACUCUCAACUCUGCUACCUUCCCUUCUGUAGAAAAACACAGCCAGUCACUCUCAACUCUGCUACCUUCCCUUCUGUAGAAAAACACAGGCCAGUCACUCUCACCUCUUCUACUUUCCCUUCUGUAGAAAAACACAGCCAGUCACUCUCAACUCUGCUACCUUCCUUCUUUAUUAAAAAAACAGCCAGUCACUCUCAACUCUGCUACCUUCCCUUCUGUAGAAAAACACAGCCAGUCACUCUCAACUCUGCUACCUUCCCUUCUGUAGAAAAACACAGGGCAGUCACUCUCAACUCUUCUACUUUCCCUUCUGUAGAAAAACACAGCCAGUCACUCUCAACUCUGCUACCUUCCCUUCUUUAUUAAAACACAGCCAGUCACUCUCAACUCUGCUACCUUCCCUUCUUUAUUAAAACACAGCCAGUCACUCUCAACUCUGCUACCUUCCCUUCUUCAUUAAAACACAGCCAGUCACUCUCAACUCUUCUACCUUCCCUUCUGUAGAAAAACACAGCCAGUCACUCUCAACUCUGCUACCUUCCCUGCUUUAUUAAAACACAGCCAGUCACUCUCAACUCUGCUACCUUCCCUUCUUUAUUAAAACACAGCCAGUCACUCUCAACUCUGCAACCUUCCAUUCUGUAGAAAAACACAGGGCAGUCACUCUCAACUCUUCUACUUUCCCUUCUGUAGAAAAACACAGCCAGUCACUCUCAACUCUGCUACCUUCCCUUCUUUAUUAAAACACAGCCAGUCACUCUUUCAACUCUGCUACCUCCAUUCUUUAUUAAAAACACAGCCAGUCACUCUCAACUCUGCUACCUUUCCCUUCUUUAUUAAAACACAGCCAGUCACUCUCAACUCUGCUACCUUCCCUUCUGUAGAAAAACACAGCCAGUCACUCUCAACUCUGCUACCUUCCCUUCUGUAGAAAAACACAGGGCAGUCACUCUCAACUCUGCUACCUUCCCUUCUUUAUUAAAACACAGCCAGUCACUCUCAAACUGCUACCUUCCAUUCUUUAUUAAAACACAGCCAGUCACUCUCAACUCUGCUUUACACCAAGUCUGCAUCAUCCCAAGUUUCAUUGUGGAACAUUAUAUCAAUCUGCUGCAGUAGGACUUAAGAGCAGUACAUUGCAGUGGUGUCUGUGGUAGAAAAACCCCAACUGUUUUUCAAGUUUGAGUCUUCUAAAGCGUAUCUUCUUGUCUCUCCCAGGGAGAGGGAUUGUCAGUGUACUGAAGCCCUGAUCGAAUUGUGUGGUCCAUUGGGUCUUAGUGUGUGUACGUGUGUGUGUGUGUGUGUGCAUGUGCGUGAGUGGUGUGUGUAGUCCAUUGGGUCUUUGCCUGUGUGUAUGUAAUCAGUAUCUGUGGUCCUCUGUCUGAUGUAGUGAAACAUGACAUUCAGUAAUCAGUAUCUGUGGUCCUCUGUCUGAUGUAGUGAAACAUGACAUUCAGUAAUCAGUAUCAGUGGUCCUCUACUUCUGAUGUAGUGAAACAUGACAUUCAGUAAUCAGUAUCUGUGGUCCUCUGCCUGAUGUAGUGAAACAUGACAUUCAGUAAUCAGUAUCUGUGGUCCUACUUCUGAUGUAUGAAACAUGACAUUCAGUAAUCAGUAUCUGUGGUCCUCUUGUCUGAUGUAGUGAAACAUGACAUUCAGUAAUCAGUAUCUGUGGUCCUCUGUCUGAUGUAGUGAAACAUGACAUUCAGUAAUCAGUAUCUGUGGUCCUCUGUCUGAUGUAGUGAAACAUGACAUUCAGUAACAGUAUCUGUGGUGCCUUGCUGAUGUAGUGAAACAUACAUUCAGUAAUCAGUAUCUGUGGUCCUCUUCUGAUGUAGUGAAAAUGACAUAUCAGUAUAUCAUUGUUGGGAUCCCCGUAUCGUAUUGUGAAACAUGACUUCAGUAAUAGUAUCUGUGUCGUAAUGUACUGUGGUAUGAAACUUGACAUUCAGUAAACAUAAUCUGAGUCUAUGCUCUGUGUUAGUAAACAUGAAUAGUAAUCAGUAUCUGUGGGCCCUGUCUGUUAUGUGGAAACAUGACAUUCAGUAAUCAUUAUCUGUGGUCUCCUUAUGUAGUGAAACAUGACAUUCAUAAUCAGUAUCUCUGUGGUCCUAUGUCUGAGUAGUGAAACAUGACAUUCAUAGUCAGUAUUGUGGACCUCGUUGAUGUAGUGAACAUGACAUUCAGUAAUCAGUAUGUGGUCCUGUCUGAUGUAGUGAAACAUGACAGUCAGUAAUCAGUAUCUGCUCGCCUCUGUCUGUGUAGUGAAACAUGACAUUCAGUAAUCAGUAUCUGUGGUCCUCUGUCUGAUGUAGUGAAACAUGACAUUCAGUAUAAUAUCUGUGGGCCUAGUGUGAUUGUGAAACAUGACAUUCAUGUAAUCAGUAUCUGUGGUCCUCUGUCUGAUGUAGUGAAACAUGACAUUCAGUAUCAGUAUCGUGGUCUCAUGUUGAUUGUGUGAAACAUGACAUUCAGUAAUCAUCAGUAUCUGUGGUCCUCUGUCUGAUGUAGUGAAACAUGACAUUCAGUAAUCAGUAUUCUGGUCCUCUGCUGAUGAUGAACAUUCAAAUCGAUUGUCAUCAGUGUACUGUGAUCUCUUCUGUGUGUGAAACAUGACAUUCAGUAAUCAUUUUGGGGCCUCUGUCUGAUGUAGUGAAACAUGACAUUCAGUAAUCAGUAACUGUGGUCCUCUGUCUGAUGUAGUGAAACAUGACAUUCAGUAAUACGUAUCGUGGUCCUCAUGUCUGAAUUAGUGAAACAUGACAUCCGUAAUCAGUAUUGGGGCCUCUAUCUGAUGUAGUGACAUGACAUUCAGUAAUCAGUAUCUGUGGUCCUCUGUCUGAUUGUAGUGAACAUGACAUCAGUAAUCAGUAUCUGUGGUCCUCUGUCUGAUGUAGUGAAACAUGACAUUCAGUAAUCGUAUCUGUGGGCCUCUUGCUGAUGUAGUGAAACACAUACAUUCAGUAACAGUUGUGGUCCUUGUCGAUGUGAAACAUGACAUUCAGUAAUCAGUAUCUUGGUCCUCUGUCUGAUGUAUGAAAAUGACAUUCAGUAAUCAGUAUCUGUGGUCCUCUGUCUGAUGUAGUGAAACAUGACAUUCGUAAUCAGUAUCUGGUCCUCUGUCUGAUGUAGUGAAACAUGCAUUCAGUAAUCAGUAACUGUGGUAAUCUGUGGUCCCUCUUUCUAUGUAGUGAAAAAUGGACAUUCAGUAAUCAGUAGUCUGUGGUUCCUCUACUGUCUGAUGUAGUGAAUACAUGGACAUUCAGUAAUCAUUAUCUGUGGUCCUCUGUCUGAUGUAGUGAAACAUGACAUUCAGUAAUCAUUAUCUGUGGUCCUCUGUCUGAUGUAGUGAAACAUGACAUUCGUUAAUCAGUAUAUGUGGUCCUCUAUGUCUGAUGUAGUGAAACAUGACAUUCAGUAAUCGUAUCUGUGGUCCUCUGUCUGAUGUAGGAAACAUGACAUUCAGUAAUCAGUAUCUGUGGUCCUCUAUGUCUGAUGUAGGAAACAUGACAUUCAUAAUCAGUAUCUGUGGUCCUCUGUCUGUAGUGAAACAUGACAUUCAGUAAUCAGUAUCUGUGGUCCUCUGUCUGAUGUAGAUGAAACAUGACAUUCAGUAUCAUUAACUGUGGUCCUCUGUCGUGUAUGAAACAUACAUUCUGUAAAUCAGUAUCUGUGGUCCUCUAUGUCUGAUGUAGUGAAACAUGACAUUCAGUAAUCAGUAUCUGUGGGCCUCUGUCUGAUGUAGUGAAACAACAUUCAGUAAUCAGUAUCUGUGGGCCUCUGUUGUAGUGAAAACAUGACAUUCAGUAUCUAUCUGUGGGCCUAUGUCUGUAGUGAAACAUGACAUUCAGUAAUCAGUAUCUGUGGUCCUCUGUCUGAUGUAUGAAACAUGACAUUCAGUAAUCAGUAUCUGUGGUCCUCGUCUGUGUAGUGUGAAACAUGACAUUCAGUAAUCAGUAUUGUUCCUCUGUCUGAUGUAGUGAAACAGAUUAGUAAUCAUUAUCUGUGGUCCUCUGUCUGAUGUAGUGAAACAUGACAUUCAGUAAUCUAGUAUCUGUGGUCCUCUGUCUGAUUAGUGAAAUCAUGACAUUCAGUAAUUAGUAUCUGUGUCCUCUGUCUGAUGUAUGAAAAUGACAUUAGUAUCAUUAUCUGUGGUCCUCGCUGAUUGUAGUGAAACAUGACAUUCAGUAAUCAGUAUCUGUGGUCCUCUGUCUGAUGUAGUGAAAAUGACAUUCAGUAAUCAGUAUCUGUGUCCUCUGUCUGAUGUAGUGAAACAUGACAUUCAGUAAUCAGUAUCUGUGGUCCUCUCUGUAUGUACUGAAACAUGACAUUCAGUAAGUCCAGUAUCUGUGGGCCCUGCCUGAGUAGUGAAAAUGACAUUCAGUAAUCAUAUCUGUGGCCUAUGUCUGUAGUGAAACAUGACAUUCGUAAUCAUAUCUGUGGUCCUUGUCUGAUUGUGAAACAUGACAUUCAGUAAUCAGUAUCUGUGGUCCUCUGUCUGAUGGUGAAACAUGACAUUCAGUAAUCAGUUCUGUGGUCCUUAUUCUGAUGUAGUGAAACAUGACAUUCAGUAAUCAGUAUCUGUGGUCUCUGUCUGAUGUAGUGAAACAUGACAUUCAGUAAUCAGUAUUGUUGGUCCUCUAGUUGAUGUAUUGAAACAUGACAUUCUAAUCAGUAUCUGUGGUACCUCUGUCUAUGUAGUGAAACAUGACAUUCAGUAAUCAUAUCUGUGGUCCUCUUGUCGAUGUGUGAAACAUGACAUUCAUAAUCAGUAUCUGUGGUCCUCUGGUCUUGUAGUGAAACUGACAUUCAGUAAUCAGUAUCUGUGGUCCUCUGUCUGAUGUAGUGAAACAUGACAUUCAGUAAUCAGUAUCUGUGGGUCCUCUGUCUGAUGUAGUGAAACAUACAUUCAGUAAUCAGUAUCUGUGGUCUUGUCUGAUGUAGUGAAACAGACUCAGUAAUCAGUAUCUGUGUCCUCUGCUGAUGUAGUAAAAUGACAUUCAGUAAUCGUAACUGUGGUACCUCUGUCUGAUUAGUGGAAACAUGACAUUCAGUAAUCAGUAUCUGUGGUCUCUAUGUUCUGAUGUAGUGAACAUGACAUUGAGUAAUCAGUAUCUGUGGGUCCUCUGUCUGAUGUAGUGAAACAUGACAUUCAGUAAUCAGUAUCUGUGGUCCUCUGUCUGUAGUGAAACAUGACAUUCAGUAAUCAGUAUCUGUGGGCCUCUGUCUGAUGUAGUGAAACAUGACAUUCAGUAAUCAGUAUCUGUGGGCCUAUGUCUGUAGUGAACAUGACAUCAGUAAUCAGUAUAUGUGGUCCUCUGUCUGUAGUGAAACAUGACAUUCAGUAAUCAGUAUCUGUGGGCCUCUGCCUGAUGUAGUGAAACAUGACAUUCAGUAAUCAGUAUCUGUGGGCCUAUGUCUGUAGUGAAACAUGACAUUCAGUAAUCAGUAUCUGUGGUCCUCUGUCUGAUGUAGUGAAACAUGACAUUCAGUAAUCAGUAUCUGUGGUCCUCUGUCUGAUGUAGUGAAACAUGACAUUCAGUAAUCAGUAUCUGUGUCCUCUGUCUGAUGUAGUGAAACAUGACAUUCAGUAAUCAUUAUCUGUGGUCCUCUGUCUGAUGUAGUGAAACAUGACAUUCAGUAAUCAGUAUCUGUGGUCCUCUGUCUGAUGUAGUGAAACAUGACAUUCAGUAAUUAGUAUCUGUGGUCCUCUGUCUGAUGUAUUGAAACAUGACAUUCAGUAAUCAUUAUCUGUGGUCCUCUGUCUGAUGUAGUGAAACAUGACAUUCAGUAAUCAGUAUCUGUGGUCCUCUGUCUGUAGUGAAACAUGACAUUCAGUAAUCAGUAUCUGUGGGCCUCUGCCUGAUGUAGUGAAACAUGACAUUCAGUAAUCAGUAUCUGUGGGCCUAUGUCUGUAGUGAAACAUGACAUUCAGUAAUCAGUAUCUGUGGUCCUCUGUCUGAUGUAGUGAACAUGACAUUCAGUAAUCAGUAAUCUGUGGUCCUCUGUCUGAUGUAGUGAAACAUGACAUUCAGUAAUCAGUAUCUGUGGCCUCUUCCUGAUGUGUGAAACAUGACAUUCAGUAAUCAGUAACUGUGGCCUCUGUCUGAUGUAGUGAAACAUGACAUUCAGUAAUCAGUGUCCUGUGGUCCUAUACUUCUAUGUAGUAACAUGACAUGUCAGUAAUCGUACUGUGUCACUCUGUCAUGUAGUGAACAUGACUUCAAGUAAUCAGUUAUCUGUGGUCCUCUGUCUGUGUAGUGAAACAUACAUUCAUAAUCAUAUCUGUGGUUCCUCUGUCCUGACUUAGUGUUAACCAUGACAUUCAGGUAAUAGUAUCUGUGUCACCGUGCUGUGAAUGAACAUGACUGUCAAUAGUAUCUGUGUCCUCUAUCGAUGUAGUGCAACAUGACAUUCAGUAGUCAAUCUGUGGUCCUCUGUCUGAUGUAGUGAAACAUGACAUUCAGUAAUCAGAUCUGUGGGGCCCGGGUCUGAUGUAGUGAACAUGACAUCAGUAACAUAUCUGUGGGCCUUCUCUGUAGUGAAACAUGACAUUCUAAUCAGUAUCUGUGUCCUCUCUGAUGUUGAAACAUGCAUUCAGUAAAUCAGUAUCUGUUGGCCUCUGUCCUGAUGUAUGAAAUAUGACAUUCAGUAAUCAUAUCUGUGGUCCUCUGUCGAUGUAGUGAAACAGACAUUCAGUAAUCAGUAUCUGUGGCCUCUGUCUGAUGUAGUAAACUGCAUUCAGUAAUCAUAUCUGUGGGCCAUGUCGUAUGAAACAUGACAUUCAGAAUCAUAUCUGUCCCUCUCUGUCUGAUUAUGUAAACAUGACAUUCGUAAUCAGUAUCUGUUGGCCUCUUCUGAUGUAUGAAAAUGACAUUCAGAUCAGUAUUUGGUCCUCUGUCUGAUGUAGUGAAACAUGACAUCAGUAAUCAGUAUAUGUGGCCUCUGUCGAUUAGUGAAACUGACUUCAGUAACAUAUCUGUGGCUCUGCCUGAUAGUGAAACUGACAUCAGAGUCAGUAUCUGUGGUCCUCUGUCUGAUGUAGUGAACAUGACAUUCAGUAAUCAGUAUCUUGGCCUCUGUCUGAUGUAG